CCUGCGCUCCUCUUCCGGGUUUCCAUAAAUCUGCUUGUUUUUAAACUUUUCCUCAUUCCCGUCGGUGAUUGCGGACCAACAUGACGCCCCGGAGCCUCCUGCUGCUUCUUCUGGUCGCACCGGCUCUGUUUCCGGCUGUUCUCUGCAGAUUUUCCACUCUGGAUCACCUAAAGCCUAAAGCUAGCGAGGCGACGCAGGCCCGCGCAGUGACCGGGCUGCUGCGGCGGCUGCUGGGGAACAGAUCCACCGAGUUCCUGCUGUCGGUCAACCGGAGCCUGUCCAACAACAGCCUGGAUGUGUGUGAGCUGAGCUCCGCUAGGGACGGCCGGAUCGUGGCUUCCGGCAGCAGCGGAGUGGCCCUGGCCUCCGGGAUCUACAACUACCUGAAGUAUUUCUGUAACUGCCAGGUCUCCUGGUCCGGGAAGCAGCUGGAGCUGCCGAGUCCUCUGCCUCAGCUCAGCGGGGUGCUGCGCAUCAGCAGCCCGCACAGAUUCCGGUACUACCAGAACGUCUGCACUGUCAGCUACUCGUCCGUGUGGUGGGACUGGUCUAGAUGGGAGACGGAGAUCGACUGGAUGGCUCUGAAUGGAAUCAACCUUCCUCUGGCCUUCACAGGUCAGGAAGCUCUGUGGGAGGAGGUGUACCGCGCUAUGGGCCUGAACGAGACUGAGCUGGAGGAGUUCUUCUCCGGCCCGGCAUUCCUGGCCUGGAACCGGAUGGCCAACAUGGGCCGCUUCGGUGGGCCGCUGCCUCCGUCCUGGCACGUCGACCAGCUGCAGCUCCAGUUUAAAAUCCUACAGCGGAUGAGAGCUUUUGGAAUGAUCCCGGUUCUUCCCGCCUUCUCAGGGAACAUUCCCAAAGGAAUCCUCAGGUUGUUCCCUAAAGCCAAUGUGACCCGGUUGGGACCGUGGGCCCAUUUCAACUGCAGCUUCUCCUGCUCCUACAUCCUGGACCCCCGGGACCCGCUCUUCCUGCAGAUCGGCUCCCUCUACCUGUCCCAGGUGGUGAAGACGUUUGGGACGGACCACAUCUACAACACGGACACCUUCAAUGAGAUGACCCCCCCCUCCAGCGACACCAACUACCUGUCUGCUGUCAGCCGCUCUGUCUUCGCCUCCAUGACUGCAGUUGAUCCUGACGCCAUCUGGUUGAUGCAAGGCUGGCUGUUCUACAGCGACCCAUCCUUCUGGAAGCCUCCACAGAUCCAGGCCCUGCUGCACGGCGUCCCUCUGGGGAGGAUGAUCGUUUUGGACCUGUUUGCAGAGGCCGACCCGGUUUUCACAUACACCGAGUCCUUCUACGGACAGCCCUUCAUCUGGUGCAUGCUGCACAACUUUGGGGGCAACAACGGCUUCUUCGGCACAGUGGAGAGCAUCAACUCGGGGCCUUUCCAGGCGCUGAGCUUCCCCAACUCCACCCUGGUGGGUUUGGGUAUGACGCCCGAGGGCAUCGAGCAAAACCCGGUCAUCUACGAACUGAUGAGCGAGUUGGCGUGGCGCCGGGAGCCUGUCAACCUCACCAAGUGGGUGUCCCUGUACGCGGCGCGGCGCUACGGCAGCAUGGACGACAAGCUGACGGCGGCGUGGCGCCUCCUGCUGGGUGGCGUCUAUAACUGCACUUGGCUACACUACGUCAACCACAACCACAGCCCGCUGGUCCGCAGGCCUUCACUGAAGAUGAGGACGGACCUGUGGUACGACCCGGCGGACCUGCUGGAGGCCUGGAAGCUCUUCAUGGAUGCGGCGCCGACCUUCAUGUCCAAAGAGACCUUUCAGUACGACCUGGUGGACCUGACCCGGCAGGUCCUGCAGGAUCUGACCUCGUCCUUUUACCAGGACAUCGCCGACGCCUACGCCAACAAAAAGAUGGCGGAGCUGCUGACGGCGGGCGGCGUGCUGGUCUAUGACCUCCUGCCUGAACUGGACCGGCUGCUGAGCAGCAACCAGAACUUCCUGCUGGGGACGUGGCUGGAGCGGGCCCGGUCCAAGGCCCUGAAUGAGCGCGAGGCCCAGCUGUACGACAUGAACGCCAGGAACCAGAUCACCCUGUGGGGCCCCAGUGGGGAGAUCCUGGACUACGCCAACAAGCAGUGGGGGGGGCUGGUGGAGGACUACUACGCCCAGCGGUGGGCGCUGUUCGUCCACACGCUGGUGGACUGUUUGGACAGGGCGGUUCCGUUCAAGCAGGACUCCUUCAACCAGGCGGUGUUCCAGGUGGAGCAGGGCUUCAUCUCCAACGGGAGGAACUACUCGAGCAAACCGCAGGGGGACACCUUCCAGAUCGCCCGCAGGAUCUUCCUCAAGUACCACCCUCAGGCGCUGAAGAGGCUGCAGCGGACUGGGCCGGGGGGGCCGCCGCGGCCCCGCUCACAACGCCGCUUCUCUCAUUCAUCAGACCUGCAAAGUUCUGACUGAAUUGCUGAAGCUCCUCCGUCAGAACCAAACACCUCAGGGAGCCUGGGGCCCGGCGGUCCGAUUCAGCCCCAUCCAUGGCGGUCUGGAUCCUGGUUCUGUGACGGAGACCAUCAGGACCAGGAUUUAUUCUAUCAGGGCUUCAUCUAAUCAGAAACUUUUCAGAACAUUUGGAACGACCUGUCUGCCUACAUCUGGGUCAGAACCGCUUCCUACGGUGGAACCGCCGGGCCUCAGAACCUCUGUCUUCAGUAACAUUGUCCCAACCUCAGAACCGGUCCCUGGAGGAGCGGCGGUGAGCGGCACCACCAUCAUCAUCCUCAGCGUUGGGAUGAAGGGCUGCUGCAUCAGAACUCGACCUUUGUAGAACCUCAUUAACCAAGCUGAGCCGGGCGGGUCCAGCUGUAGAUCCUGUUGGUUCUGAUCUGGUUCAGGAAUCAUUUACUGGAAGGAAAUUAAACAGAUUAUUUUUAUUCAUUUUUUGAUUCCGACUCAUUUGUUUAAUAAUAAAUAAAUUCUCU